AUGGGCAUGAUGAGUAAGAGCGUAAUAUUGGUGGUGGCAUUAAUGUUGGGCAUGCUCGUCUCCCUAUCACACGCUGACACGACAACCAAGCUCUGCUCUGACUACACGUUCGCCAACACCAACGAGAGGUACGCAGCAUGCACCAGCCUCCCCGCGCUCGACUCCUUCCUCCACUGGACAUACCACCCGUCCACCCACACCGUCGACCUCGCCUUCCGCCGCACGGGCGCCCAGCCCUCCGAAUGGCUCGCGUGGGCCCUCAACCCAACUGGCACGGGCAUGAUCGGGGCCCAGUGCCUCAUCGCCUACGUGGACCCUUCCUCCAGCGCCCCUCGCGCCUACACCACCGCCAUCACCUCCUACCGCACGGCCCUCCAGCCUGGCAACCUCAGCUUCGCGGUCCCGUCACUUAAAGCCGAGUUCUGGAAUAAAGAGAUGAUUAUACGCGCCACAAUCGAGCUUCCACAGGGGAGGACCAGCUUUCCACACGUGUGGCAGUUCGGCCCUUUGACCUCUUCCGGCCAGCUCCGCCAGCAUGGCAGUUCCCCGGGAAACCUUGGUGCCACGGCCACUAUAGACUUUUCCACCGGGACAAGUGUAGUACAGACACGCACUUCUUCAAGGCGGCCUUCAUCUAAAAUUAUUCACGGUUGGCUGAAUGUUGUGAGCUGGGGAAUAAUGAUGCCCGUGGGUGCUAUGGCUGCAAGGUAUCUAAAAGUGUUCAACGUGGCUAACCCAGCGUGGUUCUACGUGCACGUGACCUGCCAAGCCUCGGCCUACAUAGUGGGUGUGGCUGGAUGGGCCACGGGCCUCAAACUCGGCACCCGCUCACCUGGAGUCCAGCACACGGCCCACAGGUAUAUGGGCAUCGCCCUAUUUGUGUUAGCCACUCUCCAGGCUUCUGCCAUCCUCUUCAGGCCCAAGCCCGACCACAAGUACAGAAUCUACUGGAAUGUCUACCACAAAUUAAUAGGCUACACCGUCAUUGUCCUCAGCAUCGUCAACAUUUACAAGGGUCUCGAAAUCUUGGACCCUCAGAAGAAGUGGCAGCAAGCCUACAUUUUCAUGUACGUAGCCCUUGGAGCCCUUGCCCUUUUGUUGGAAGCACUUACGCGUUUUGUUGUCUACAAGAGAGAGAAGAAUCAGCAGCAGGAUGCGGUCGAUGGAUGUAGUGUCUAG